ACAAUGUAAUGAAUCGAAAUGAAUGUGAGCACUUGGUACCAACAACGUUAUCAAAAUACGAUUUUCACCAUCGGUUUGUAUAAAAACGUAAGUUUCAAGAAUGAAGUUCGUUCGUGUUGAAAGUGAAAUAAAAGCUUUGUUACUUAUUUAACCGGAAGUGACGUAAGGUUACCAUGGUAACAAUCAUGCAGUGCCCCCUUAUUUUUACAGAUGGCACGUGCUUUACGGAGCAUGCUGGGAUAGGUUAAAGAAGAAGGCUUGGCCGCCCAGGGUGGCGCGAAAAGAGAGAAAAACGACUGUCAUGUUAGUGAUCGUAAAAUAGAAACCUUUACCUUUUGAAAGACUCGGAAAAUGCCCGAUGAAGAAAAAGUGAGGACAAAAAGACGAAAGCUCGACUCCAUAAUCAUUAAACUGCAUAAGGCGACCCCUUUGGAAAAAGAAAGUUUGCAAGACGGAGAAAAUCAGAAGGAGGCAGAAAAAGAAAAUGUCACAGCUGAUGAAAAACCCGAGUCACUUCCAGGGUCAUCAAGACGGAAAUUGCACAGGAAAGUAAAACAGAAGUCAACAUUAAAAGGCUCUGACAAUGAAGCAGAUCCCCAAGCAACACGCGAAGGAGUAGACACAGUUGGUGAAACAUGUACCACUGAGAAUGGUAUGGUAGUGGAUGAUGAACAAGAAGUGUCUUGUAAUGGAGAGGGUUGCAACAGCAAGGAGGUGCCAUCAGACUCUGUACCACUGGUGAAGCAAGAACCGGGAGAAAACUAUGAGAAUUCCUUAGAAGGACUUCAAAAGAUGCUUGGCUACAACAUCAGUGAGGAGGUGGAGAAACAGACAGAGGAAAGCAGUAAUACGAAAAAGAAGAAGCUCCUUUCUGAAAGUUCAGAUGCUGAUGAAUUGCCAAGAAGAAUACAGUGCACAGCUUGUGGAAGAAAUGUGAAUCCUGCACAUGGAACUAUCUGCACACACCCGAAUUUGAAUGUCUUGAUCUGUAAAAAAUGCAGUCAGUAUUACAAUUCCGGCCCUUUUACCCGUGAUGAACUUGGAGUAGAAGAACAGUGCCGGUGGUGUGGGGACGGAGGAUCACUUCUCUGCUGUGACAACUGUGAGAAGGCAUUUUGUAAACCUUGUAUAAAGCGUAACUUUGGCAAGUCAGUGCUCAAGGAAAUUGUGAAUGCACCAGAUGACACAGAAUGGCUAUGCUUCUGUUGUAAUUCCAAACCUUUAUCAAAGCUCAUAAAAGCAAACAAUCGAAUUAUGAACAUUCUGGAAACGCGCAAAGCUCAAAAGACGCUUUUCAAAACCAAAAAGGGACCUUCUCUUGUGGAGACUCCAAGCCAAAAGGAACGGCGCAACAGACUUAGUAGUUUAACUGAAAAUAUAGGCGUGAACUCUGAUGGAGCUUUAUCGCCUGCUGAGAGUCCAUCCAAGAAGACUUUGCCAGAGGUUGUUGAAAGUGAUUCUAACGUUGAAGAUGACAACUCAGAUCAGAAAAAUGAAAAGAAGUCGAAGACCAAAGGUUCUAAGGGAAAAAAUGGCAAGAAAAGUGGUUCUAUAAAAGAGGUUGUUUUAGUGAUUGACGAUGACAGUGAUAGUGAUGAUACACAAGUUAGCAAACCCUCUAAAGGGAAAGGUAAGCAAAAGAAGCGACAAGUGAAUGAUGGAACUAAAAUAAAAAUUCAAUUCAGUAGUGAAGGGAAGAAAGGCCAAGGAAAGAAGAAAAGAACUAGUAAAGAUUCGUCAAGUGGGUCAGAUUUUGAAGGUGAAGAUAAAAACACCAAGUUAAGCUCAAAAACUGCCAGAAAAUCAAGGAGCAAGGAUGAACAUGUUGAUCAGAAUUCAGAGAAUUCUGAUUCUGAUUCAAAUUUUGCAAACUUUAUUUCUAUGGUGAAAGGAAAAGGCAGUCAGGCAAAGAGAGAGGUAAAGAAGCUGAAAAGGGGCAAAGGAAAGAAAAAAGCUCUUUCAGAGUCUGAAGAACAGUCUGCGGAGGAGAGUGAUAAAGCAGCAAGGAAGACACGCUCGAGAAAGGUGAACAUUAUUCAGAAACAAACCAGAAAACGUCCUCGCAAGGUAACUUCCUCAGAGGAUGAAUCAAAAUCAACAGAGGAAAACUCUGACAGUGAUGUCCCUGCCAAAAAGAAAAAGAAGCGACAAAACAAAAAGGAAAAGGUGGAAUCAGGAAAUGAUGACGAUUCAGAAGAAGAGAUAGGCAGGAAAAAGAGAGGCAGAUUAAGACGUAGAGCUGAAAAGACUGGCUCUGAAUCGGAUGAUAACAAAACAAAGAAGAAACAGAAGGCAAAAGGUAAACAGAAAAGACAGAAGAAACAUUUUAUCGAGAAAGAUAGUGAUGAAUCGGAAAAAAAUGAUGAUGAUGAGGAUGAGGAAGAGGUUGAGGAAGAUGGAGAAGAGGACGUAAGUCCAUCAAAACGGAAAGGUCGCAAGAAAAUCCGCAAACUUCUUGAAGAUGGUAAGCUUGCAGAGGAAACACGAAAAGCAAGAAGACUUGAGGAGGAGAGACGAAAACGCCUUUUAGAAAGGACUCGUAAUAACGAACUGGAUGACAUGCCUGGUGAAUCUGCCAAGGUGAGCAAGCUUGUGCUGGAGUCUGACUCAAGCACUAAGGAGCCCCUUGUGGAGGUAAAGGAGGACCUUCUACAGCACCUCAAACCACACCAGUGUAAAGGAAUUCAAUUCAUGUAUGACUGUGUGAUUGAGUCACUCAGUUCAUGGAAGAAGGAGGAACCUGGUGGUGGAUGUAUACUGGCGCACUGUAUGGGACUUGGCAAGACACUACAGGUCGUUGCUCUCGUCCACACCCUCAUGACACACAAGGAUAUCAACAUGCGGUGUGUGCUUGUUGUAGCUCCACUCAACACUGUUCUAAACUGGCAAGUGGAGUUUGAAAAGUGGCUUGCUGUGGAUGACAGGCUGGAGGUCUAUAUCCUCCAGGAAGCUGGUGCUAACAACUGGCGGCGGUCAGACAUGCUCAAACACUGGCUGCGGUAUGGUGGUGUGAUGGUCAUGGGUUAUUCAUUGUACCGUAAUCUGUCACAAUGCUAUCGAGUCAGAAGUAAAACUCAGAAGAAAAUAUUCCAGGAAGCUCUUGUUGAUCCAGGUCCUGAUUUAGUGAUCUGUGACGAAGGCCAUAUCCUGCGCAAUGAUGGCAGUGCUAUUUCCAAAGCACUCAAUGGCAUCAAGACUAAAAGACGUAUUGCAUUGACUGGUACUCCUUUACAGAACAAUCUAAUUGAAUAUCACUGUAUGGUGAGUUUUGUGAAACCGAAUCUCCUUGGUACACGCAAAGAGUUUACCAACACGUUUGUGAAUCCAAUCCAAAACGGCCAAUGUGCUGACUCAACCGAACUUGAUGUUCAGCUGAUGAAGCAGCGAUGUCAUGUGCUUCACAAGAUGCUGGCGGGGUGUGUUCAGAGAAAAGAUUACUCAGCACUGGUACCUUUUCUUCCUCGUAAACACGAGUACGUGAUCAAAGUUCGACUGUCAGCAUCACAGAGGAAACUGUACGAACAUUACCUCAAGACGUUUGUGUUCCCAGAAGGAGACGUCUGCAAGAGAGGUGUUUCACUUUUCUCGGAUUACCAAGCUCUAAUGCGCAUUUGGACUCAUCCCUGGUGCCUGAAGCUUGAAGCCCUCAGACGACCAGAGAAGUUCGUCGACUCUGACAGCAUGGACGACUUUGUGGUGCACACCGACGAGGAGGAAGAAGAAGACGAGGAAGAGGAAAGCUUGAAAUCAACUUCAUCAGAGGAGGACGAGGAGGAGGAUCAGUCGUCAUCGGAAAGUGAGAAGGAAAGAAGAAGGAAGAAGCAUGGCGGCAGAAGAGGGAAGAGAGACUCGAGUUCAGAUGAGGACAACAGUGAUGAUGAUGAGGAGGAUGAGGAGAGCGAGGAUGAAGUUCUCCCGCAGUCUUCCAGGAGGAAGACAUCCGCCGCACGAAAUGCAGAUUCGGCAUCAAACAAGGCCAGCUCUUCCACAGUGAAUAUUGAUGGCGAGGACAUCACCGUGGUGACCAUCAACGAUGGUGCUAGUACCUCUCGACAAGACGACCGCGAGCAGCCUCACUCUAGCAAGCACAACAACAAGAAGGAUGCCAUAGUGAUAAAUGAUGCUAAAGCGUCUACAAGCAAGGGCAACAGCGAAACGAACGGCAGUGUGUACGGUAGCACACGUUCCGGGACAUCAUUCAAGGAUGGUUCUGACGUGGAGAUCGAGGAGGAGAAAGAGUGGUACGACGAGUUUAUGCAAGAAGACGACGAGUACAACGUGGAGCUUAGCGGCAAGCUUGUGCUCCUGAUGGAAGUCCUGGCUGACGCUGAAGCUGUGCAUGAUAAGGUGUUAGUGUUCAGCCAGAGUCUUGUCACGCUUGAUCUGAUAGAGAAGAUGCUGGGUGGCGGGGAAAUUGGUGGCGAUAGAGAGAACUGGUGCCGAGGCUGUGACUACUUUCGUAUGGAUGGCUCCACAAGUGUGAACAUGAGGCAGCGAUGGGCCGACAUCUUUAACGACGAGGACAACAAAACUGCUCGUUUGUUUCUCAUCUCGACUAAGGCUGGUGGCCUGGGGAUCAAUCUUGUGGCAGCCAAUCGAGUGGUUGUGUUUGACGUGUCUUGGAACCCUUCUCAUGAUGUACAGUCCAUCUUCAGAGUCUAUCGCUUUGGACAGACUAAAGCUGUGUACGUGUACAGACUUAUCGCACAGGGAACAAUGGAGGAGAAAAUCUAUGAUAGACAGGUGACAAAGCUCUCCAUGUCAGGCCGUGUGGUGGAUCAACAGCAGAUUGAGCGGCACUUCACGGCAGCGGAUCUCCGUGAACUGUACUCGUUUACUCCUGAUGUACUUGAGGAGGAGGAAAAAGAAGGAGAAGGCGAGAAAGACCAGGACAGCGAUAAGAACAAGGAAGGCGAGAAUGAGAAGGAAGGGGAAAAUGAAAAUGAAGGUGAGAAAGACAAGGAGCGCGAGAACGAAAAUCAAGGCGAAAAAGCAAAGGAAGGAGAGAGUGAAAGUCAAAGUGAACAAGCAAAGGAAGGCGACAAAGCAACGGAAGGCAAAACAGAUAAAGAAGGCAAGAAAACGAAGGAGCGGCCGGUUUUGCCUCUGCCUAAGGACGCUGUGCUAGCAGAUUUGAUCACUCGCCUUCACCCCAAGUGGAUAGUAAACUACCUCGAGCAUGACUCCCUGCUGCAGAACAUCGAAUCCGAAGAGUUGACUCCAGAAGAAAUGGAGGCUGCAUGGGUGGCCUACGAGGCAGAGAAGUCGGGUCAAACAGCUCCUGCAUACCCCCGCAGCCAGGACCCUAUGCCUGGUAGCAACCUGCAACAGCAAGUAGCGGAGCGUAUCCGACUCAACUCCGAGAUGUUGCAGCAGAUGCAACAGAUUCGGCAGCUGCAGGAGAUGCAGCAGCGUCAAGACAUGGAGGAACGACUGCGGCAAGUGCGGCAACAGCAGGAGCAGCUCUACCACCAACGGCGGACCGUCCUCUAUCAGCAGCACCAACGCCAGCAGGACGAGAUACGCCGACAGAAUCAGAUACGGUUCAUUCAGCACAUGACUCAGCAGCCUAACCCGAGGCUGCAGAUAGGGCGUUCUACUGUGAACGUACAGACGCCGCUUCCUCAAGCCCCACAGACUUCCUAUACCCAGCCUGGUGGUCUUCCCCACCAGCCGCUUCAGUUGCCGCCUGCCAUCCGCCUCACGCCCCCAGUAACUGGAUCUGUCGCCCCUGCAGGAACCCCACCAACUAUCAACUUAACUCUUGGACCAACGAGUCGAGUCAACGUUGCUAGGACGGUGCAUUCACCUAACGUUGUACAGGUAUCUCGCCCGCCUUUGGCUAAUUCCUCCAAAUAAGUGCAGAGGGGCCAAACACUGUUUUUGGAUAGUACUUUGGUUUAAGCUUUUUAAUGUUUAGAGGUGAAGAUUUUUCCGUUGUUGUUAUUAGAACGGUACGCGAGUGCUUGCCGAAAAGUGGAAUUAGUGAACUUCAGAAAUCAAUUGUGGAAUCUAGAGUUUGAUUAUGAAAACAGCCGUGUAGAGUUAUAUACAGAAAGUUCUAUGAUUAUUUGAAACUUGUUUAUAGAUCUUUUUAUCGUUAACAUUAUACCAAGUACGUCAAAGCACAGUUGUAUCAUAUUAAACAAAGUUCAGUCAUACUCAACUAUGUUAAAUGUCAUAGUCAUGGUAUAUCGCGCUUAUUACAGUAUUCUUGAAAAAGACAACCGUGAUUUUUUUUUUGAACUUAAAAAUUCUCGAAAUGAUAUAGCCUUUGAGCUGCGCUUGAAAAAUAAGUAUUUUACCAUCAAUUAACCGACGAGAAGGGCUGAACUACGCCUUUGCCAAGUCUUUGAUUUCCUUUUGUUGACGUUUUUGUUUUUUGACGCACUUCAUCCUUAUCGCUGUAAUAUGAUCGAGCUCGCCCUUUCUUUCCAACGACGUUCCAUAUUCAUUUGCGAGGGGGUAAACUAACUUUUUCCCCUGUGAAUGCUUGAUCUUCGUGACCCGACCCUUUUGUAGAUAAUCUCUCACCAAAACUCCUUCCAAGAAGACGAGCAUUGUUCCACCCCAGGAGAACGCGCAUUAUUCGCGAGCUACCGCGCGUUACUCGCGGUUUUCUCGCGCCCUUCGUGCAACUUACGCGUUGUUCUGCGGGAUGAAAAGAAAAAGUUCAAACGGAGUAACCUGUUCCUCUAAAGACCGUAUCUCCUCAGAGUGUUAACCCUCACUGUAGCUUUGUGUACAACCAGAAUUAAUACCUGACUCGAGUUUUUUGUUUUUGUUUUUGUUUUUUUUUUUACUGAAAUGUCUUAGUUCGUGAGCUAGUAAACAAAAUUUAUUGUGUCUUUUCCAAAGAACGUCUAGAGACAGUCGUUUUUCUCCGGCUUAGCUUAGUUAGCGAGUACGCGAGCGACCCGUGAAGUCACCUUUGUCGCGUCCGCUCGUGCGAGGUGAUUUUCGCACUCACUUCAUCGCGUUCUCGUCAACUCGACUAACCCUGUGAAAAGUGGGGCAAUUCUCAAAAUCAUGUGCCCGAUAAUUUCAUUGACGAAAGUCUCGAGUUUAAAAUUCCCCCUAGGGAAAUUUAGGGCGUGAAAGUUCACGAUCUAUCUGGCAAGGAGAAUUUGAAUACAGGUUUUGAAUCUAAAGGGACCGUUACUUUUAAUGUGCAAUAUACUGCAGAUCAUUUUACGGUGGUUUUGAUGGUGAUUUUCAUUUGUAACGCGGCAUAAUUAAAACUUGCAUAAUUGAGAUUUUCUGUAAAACCAAAUGUAUUAUAUCUUGAAAUUGACUUGAAGAUUGUAUAACAACCUCUUAAUAAAGUAGAACCAGUUAUGGCAUUGAA